UCCCCCCAGCUGCCACUGCUGCGAGUUAGCUGUUGUCUUCUUGUUGGUAAAAAAUUUCAGGACCAAAUGAGCUUAUUCUACCAGCAGCGACUGCAUGCAACAUGGCCUGCAGUGCAGUCUGUCCGUAAUAAAGUACCGAGAACAUCUGGUGACAUGGAUGGGCCACGAAACACAUCCCUUGUUGAAGCACAGAUGUCUAAGGAGGCCCACCAAAAGAUCGCAGCUCGAAAAGAAAAGUCAAAGUGUUUUCAGAAAUACAGGGCUAAUCUGAUCUCCAAUGAACACGAUGUCACCGUAACCUCAGACCCUCUCUCAGUGGAAGAGAAGAUCUGCCUCACUGUGUACGAAAACCAGACAGUUGUGCCGCUUGCUGUGAACAAUUCUGGUUUCCAAACAGUUCAUUUUACUUGUCGGGCUUCCAACCUUGUCGAGAACAUUUUCACUGUCACAGACUGUCAUGGAAAGAUAAUCGAGAAUUGGAAGCAACUCCAUCUUGGGUCAGGAGAGACAUAUCAAAUCAGGGUCCAUUUCUACUCUGAGCAUGCAGGCUUCUAUGAAUAUUUACUGUGCUUUCAUUUCGAAACAUGCCAGGAGUCCUUACGUAAAUUUCAGAUUAUGCGCCUCUUGGAAGUCAGACAUCGAACAUCUUCAAGUGAGGAGCCCCUCCCCACAGACUCAUUGUGUGAUGACGCAAUGUUAUGGACACGUGUUCUGAGACCGAGGAAGUUUAAAUUGGUGGUGCCUUUGAAGAGUUAUCUGAUGCUCAAAAGCAUCAACCUCAGGAAAUCCAACAUGGAGCUGGAGGCCCUGACCCCUCUGACAUGGGAGAACUACAGACGGAAGUUCCACUUGCUGCUGCAACUGGAGGAGCUUCAGAUGAUGAUCGAUACUGAGAAAUGCAACCAGGAAUGGCCCAUGUUCAGACAAAAAGGCAAAAGGGACCUUUUCUUUCUGCAGGUUGCAGGAGUCUCAACGUCGGAUAUGUCCAGGAAAAUUUUUCUGGCGACUCCUUCCGACGAAACAGCAGAUUUUGGUGGGAAACCAUACAAAGGCUGGGUUGAUCUUGUGGAUGGCAGGCGGGUCUACCUGGGAUUCGUUGACGGGUCCCCGAAUGAUUUCAAGGACGGCAUGAUGUUCCAUUUCCAAUUUUUUUUCAACGGUAUGCCCCUGCGUAGCCAGCACCAAGCAGUAGAGAUGGUGUACAAGAACAACCUGAGGGAAGUGCUUUUCCCGACGGCAACAUCUUUUCCCCACCAGCCACCUCUACACAGGAUAACGGAGUUUGACAACAACCCGGAGCAACGCAAGGCCAUUGAACACAUUGUAGCUGCUUCCGCUAAACCUUCCCCAUAUCUGCUUUUUGGUCCACCUGGCACAGGCAAAACAACGACUUUGGUGGAAGCCAUCAAGCAGAUAGUGAGAACGCAGCCCUCAAGCUACAUCCUGGCUUGCACUCCUUCAAACAGUGCAACUGAUCAUCUCUGUGAGAAACUUCUGGAAGAAAAGAUUGACAACUGCAAUGUGUAUCGCAUGUACUCCACAAGUUGGCCUGAAAAGAGAAUUCCCCAAAAUAUAAAGUUACACUGCAACCUGAACCACAGAACAAAGGAACUAGAGAUGCCCCCUAAAAAUAAGAUGAUGUCGUAUAAGAUCAUUCUCACCACCUUGCAAACUGCAGCAAGGCUGGGGAACAAAGGGAUUCCUUCGGAUCAUUACACUUACAUAUUUGUGGAUGAGGCAAGCCAAGCAUCAGAAACCGAGUGUCUCAUCCCUUUAGCAGCUCUAAUUACACCUCAGAAAUGCCAAUUAGUGCUGGCUGGAGACCCUAAACAGUUAGGCCCUGUCAUCAUGUCCAAACUGGCAGAGAAACAUGGCAUGGGUGUAUCCAUGUUGGAACGUCUGAUGAACAACAUCGACCUUUACAAGUCACAUGAGGGGCACGGGUUUAAUAAGUGCUUUGUAACCAAAUUACUAAGGAACUACAGGUCCCAUUCUGCAAUUCUGAAAAUUCCCAAUGAGCUCUUUUAUAAUGGAGAACUUCAACCGUAUGCUGAUAUAGCGAUAUGCCGUUUAUACUGCAAAUGGGAACACCUGCCAGAGAAAGGUUUCCCUCUGAUCUUCCAUGGAGUGGCAGGUACUGAUCAACAUGACGACAACAACUACUCUGUUUACAACAUGGCAGAGGUGGAAGUUUUGAUAGAAUACCUAAAAGCCCUUGUGGAUCAUCUGCACAAAAAGGGUGUGACCAUAAUUGAGCCAGGAGAAAUUGGCAUCAUUGCGCCGUACAGAGAGCAAGUGGACAAAAUCAAGCACGCCCUUCGGAUGGACCGCGAGCUCAAGAAGGAAAACUUGGAAAACGUUUUGGUUGGUACAGUGGAGAACUUUCAGGGUCAAGAGUUCAAUGUGAGUCUGGUGUCUACCGUGCGCAGCAAUCCCAAACUGACUGCGCCAAAGCAGCAUUUCACGAUAGGCUUUGUUAACAGUGUGAAGAGAUUCAACGUGGCAAUGACACGAGCACGAUCCUUGCUGAUUGUGGUUGGAGACCCGAGAGUCUUGAAAACGAACCCAAUCUGGAACAAAUUCAUCCACUACUGCUUAACAAAUGGGGGUUACCGUGGCAUUAGUCUGUGAUGCAGAGAAAGAUCUGACGCACCGAGCCUCCGUGCCACAGUGGGGACUGAUUCAGCAGCAGCUGGACCUCUGCCGGACCAACAGGCCUCUCGCAUUCAGCUGAAGCUCCAGUACUGAAGAUAAAACAGGAAGAAUAAAGAACCGGAAGCUGAUAACUA